UUACAUUUUUCCACGAAACUUCUUACGCGCUUCCUACUUUUACAUAUUCAUAUUGAGAUGCCCAUGCCAUGCCCUUUAUAUUUUUGUCUAUAAGUAUCCCAUUCCACCUCUCUCUUUUUCUCCAAAUUCCAACUCUCUCAUUUCCUUACCUACAUCUAUAUAUAUACACAACUUAAUUAUAAAAUUAGAUUCUUUCCGAAAAUGGCAGCGAAACGAUUUUUCGAUGGUGAUGAGGAUCAACCUAACCAGAAACGGAUUAAAAUUAGGCCCUCUUUUGCUUCUGUCAUCAAAGAAGUCGUUAUGGUGAAUUUCUUUGAGAAUUUCUGCUCAGCUUUGGAACCAAUGCUUCGUAGAGUGGUGAGUGAAGAAGUGGAAAAUGGGCUGAAGCAGCGUUGCAUGGGAUUGGGCCCAACCCCAAUGCAGCGGUCUCCCUCACUGAAAAUGAUACGCCACGCGCCGCCCACCGCCUCCCUCCGCCUGGCCUUCGUGAAGACUCUCACUCUCCCCAUCUUCACCGGCACGAAGAUCGUCGACGCCGACGGCGGUCCCCUCCAGAUCGUGCUCGUGGAUCACGACAAGGUCCCCACUUCUCUCCCCCACGCGAUCAAGGUGGAGAUCGUGGUCGUCGACGGAGACUUUCCGGCCGGAAAAGACGCGUGGAGCGCCGACGAGUUCGCGAGGAAUAUUGUCAAGGAGAGGAACGGGAAGAGGCCGUUGCUGGCCGGGGAUCAGUUGAGCAUCACCAUGAGAGAUGGGGUUUGCUUCGUCGGAGAUGUCGAAUUUACCGACAAUUCGAGCUGGAUCCGGAGCAGGAAGUUCCGGCUGGCGGCAAGGGUGGUGGCGCAGCACGCCCAAGCUCACCCGCCUGUGAUACAGGAGGCUGUCACCGACCCCUUCGUUGUUAAGGACCAUCGCGGGGAAUUGUACAAGAAGCAUCACCCUCCUGCACUGGAGGAUGAAGUGUGGCGGCUUGAGAAGAUAGGAAAAGGAGGAGCUUUCCAUCAGAAACUUUCUGCUCAAGGAAUCAACACCGUUCAAGAUUUUCUCAAGCUAUAUGUUGUUGAUUCGCCCAAACUUAAAAAGAUACUUGGAGUUGGGAUGUCGGAGAAAAUGUGGGAUGUUACUCUAAAGCAUGCUAAGAAUUGUGUGAUGGGCACGAAAAUGUAUAGAUGUCACGGCAACAACUAUACUCUCAUUUUCAACCCUAUAUGUCAACUCAUCAAGGCUGAGUUCAACGGCAGUGUUUACCACCAACGUGACUUCAAGAACAUGCAAAUGGCAUAUAUUGAAAGCUUGGUGAAAGAUGCAUAUGCAAAAUGGAGUUCCUUAGAGGAAUUGGAUGGUACUAUCCCACUUUUAACCCCAGGUGAAAUGGUGGAGCAGCAGCAACUAGUAGCAUAUUUAAGUGACAGUAGUUUGUCAUCGGUAAUGCAAAACAGCGGUGUUGUUGAUGGAGAUUACUCCGAUAAUCAAUGGGGAUUGGCGUAUAAUACCACCAUUAAUUCUUGUACGUCAAAAACUGGCCUUAGCUUUUUAUCUGAAUCUUCUUCUGAAGGAGAUAUUCCAUAAUUAAUUCAACUUCAUUUUUGUACAUAUGGAGUAUAUAUAUAAUUUGUUAAGCUUGUGUAUAAGCUUUUUAUAUUUUAUUUCCAUCAAAUCAGUUUUCGGUAAAUUCAUCUCUUCGUAUAGCAGAUUCAUGUAUUCACACUUAACUUGUUUUAGUUAAUUGCUUGGAAUGCAUGUACCGAAAAUUUUCUGA